AUGUCCCACCAAAAAGCCAUCUUCGCCCCCGGCGUGAAAGAAGGCAGUCUGGGAGCCGAACAAUACACAAAAGGCUCGCUCGACGGAUCCCAACUCGACGCCUCACCAUUCAAACAAUUCGCCACAUGGUUCAAACACGCGAACGAAUCCGGAGUCCAUCAACCCGAAACCGUAACCCUUUCCACCGCCACGCUCCCCUCAGGAAAAGUCUCGGCGCGAAUGGUCUACCUCAAAGAAAUGGACGACCGGGGUUUCGUGAUAUAUUCGAAUUGGGGCACGUCGCGGAAAGCGAAGGAUUUCGAGAGCAACCCUUAUGCUGCGCUGACGUUUUGGUGGCGGGAAUUGGAACGACAGGUUAGAGUUGAGGGGCCGGCGGAGAGGUUGUCUUCUGAGGAGAGUCAGAUGUAUUAUGAUACGAGGAUUCGAGGGAGUCGGAUUGGGGCUUGGGCGAGUCGGCAGAGUCUGGUGUUGAAGGAUCGGGAGGAGUUGGAGCAGCGGGUUAGGGAUGUUGAGGAGAGGUUUGAAGGGGAGGAGAAGAUUCCGGUUCCGGAGUUUUGGGGUGGGUUGAGGGUGAAGCCUGAGAUUGUGGAGUUUUGGCAGGGAAGACCGAGUAGGUUGCAUGACCGAUUUCAGUAUUCGAAAGAUGAGAGGGGGGAGUGGAAGAUUCAGAGGUUAAGUCCUUGA